UGAUCACUCGUCCGAGAUUGGCAAAUUCUUCUUCAUCAUGGUACGCCUUGGUCUUCGCUUCUUACUCUUUGGUAGGACGGUCGCACAGAAAGCAAAAGGACGCGCUCUAUUGAAAGAGUCUCGCGAAGCACCACAUAAAGGUCUUUACCACGGAGAAACUUAUGUGUUUGGCUACAGAACAACAUGGUCUGGAAAAAAAACUCCACGAGUGUGGAAGCCAAAUGUCUUUGAAAAGACAUUCUACAGUCAAGUGUUAGAACAAGACUUGUCACUGAAGGUCAGUGUGCCUGCUCUGAGAUGUAUUGACAAAGCUGGUGGACUUGACAAUUACAUCAUUAACACACCUGAAAGAACUCUGCAUUCUAAAUUAGCUAUUGAUCUCAAGAAACUUAUGAUGUGGGUUGUCAAAUGUAAAGAAGAAGGUGUGGAAAUGGAGCAGAUCAGGAGUGAGGUUUUUCCCAAACCAAGAAUAAGUCGUCAUGUUCACAUUCCAAAAGAAUAUACCAACAGAUUUUACUUUGAUUGGAAAGGACCUCGCAAACAGAUGGUGUUUUGUUAGGGAAAGUAUGUGUAUUGACCCUAAGUGUGUAAAAUCGUCAUGUUCACAUUCCAAAAGAAUAUACCAACAGAUUUUACUUUGAUUGGAAAGGACCUUGCAAACAGAUGGUGUUUUGUCAGGGAAAGUAUAUGUACUAAAUCUAAGUAUGUAAAAUAUUGGUGGUUGUUUUAAACUUGGAAUGGAUUUAGAGAGUAGAAGACUGAACCUGAAAAGGUACCUCCUUUCCUUCAUGGGUCUAGUAACAAAGUGAAUCAGGUGUUAAGUUACUUAACAAGUUGUUGGACUAACCCGCAGCACAUUUCAUGUAUUGAUGCCUGAUUACCUCUUGUUACAGUGUUGGGUGCAUUUUGACACCUGGAAACUCUCAUAAAUGCUACUGAAUGUUUCUUAUGAUGGGGUGGAAAUCACACAAAAGUGUGAGGAAAGAGAUCUGAUCAGUAAUUACAGUAAACAUGACAUUCCAACUUUGAAGAAAUCAGGUUUAUGAAGUUUUAUAUGUUAAAUGGUGAAAAUUUGAGGUGUUACAAACAGUUCCAUAACAGUCUUAAAAGUUCAAUGGAGUUUGCCAUUUCCUGCUGCUUUUAAAUUUCAUUUGGAAUGGGGUUAAUUUUAAUGUUCUUCAGGGAUUUGAGGAGAUAGAUAUGUUUUCCUAUUCAUGUUCCCUUGGCAAAUCUAAUGUUCCAAACCCUAACUCUAACCCUUUCCUCUUUGAGGGAAUACACAUGCAUGUCCAAUCUAAUCCCUUUUCAAAUACUGUUUGUUCAAAAAUAGUUCAAGUUAUUCCUAAACCUUUGAAAUAUAUUUGACUGUAUUAUUUUUGGCCAUACCAUGUUAAUCCAUAUAUUUAAACAUAUUUGCCUGAGUAAUUGAUUAUUUAGAUAUCCAUGGCUCCUUCUUAAAAUUUUUUGAAAGCAACUGAAUGAACACAGGGUUCAAAAGUCACCAUCAAAAAGCCAAAAUAAAAUGAAUGAGUUUACCUUUGAGAUUUCACUUUCCCCUGACUUCUUUGAAAGACAUAAAUAUUCCAUGUCUCAAAGCAAAAUUGCCUUAAUUAUCCCAGAGUCUAUUAAGAAAUUUUUUCCUAGACCUUAUCCUGACCUGUGGUACCAUGAUCAAUCAAGAAAUACUAGCUCUUGCCUGUGAUUAGUGCAAGCAGCAUCAUUUGUUUUCAAUACUUGUUGAAUAUAUUAAAUAUUAUGCAACUUAAAUUAAUUCAAAUCUUUGUUGAUAGAAUAUGUAGCAGUGUUAAAAAACUUGCUGCAAGAUGUGUCUAGGACUAUCUAUCCUUAAAGAAGUUAUCAUUGUUUUUUUGUUUUGAACCAACAAUAAUCAGUGGUGCAGUUGUACAUAAGGUGAUCGCACAUAAUGAUUCUAAAUUGACCCAUUAUGAAAAUGUUUUAGACAAGCAGUCAAUGAGUGUAGCUUGUUUAGUUUCAUUUCAUGCCAUUUGGUAUUUCCCUAGGAGUUUGGUUAGCACUUGCACUGGUUUGCUUAUAAUUUCCCUCACUCUAUUAGCCAAUUCCUGGCAUUCUUGGUGAUUGAAUGAUUCAAACAAAUUUAAACCUUCAAUAAAAUAAUGGGCACAACUCUUUGAGCGUAGACACUUUUCCAACCUCUUAAGGAGGCCCAUGAAUCGAACAUCCAAGGUAUCUCUCCACUCUGAGGCAUUAGGGUGGGACUCGCACUCAUAGAGUAAGAGUGUUUUUAGAUGAUAUGACUUCAAUGGCUUCAGGUUAAGUUCUUCUCGAAGAGCCUUCACUAUUCGGAGAACUUUCUUUCGGCAAGAGUUGGCUUCACCUUGCCCACCUUGAAGGAAUAGCCUCUUUUCAGCCGCUGAGAAGGAAUAACGCCACAGGAAUCCUUUCUCUUUGUAAGCAAUGUUGUGACCCUUUGGUUGCUUACCUACCAGAUGACAUCCCUCUCUGCAAAUUUCUCUCACAAGAUUGUUAUUGGGCCAACCUUUUCAUAAGUAAAAAAAAAGCCAAUGUUAAAAACUUUACUGAAAAAUAACAUACAGCUAGAAUAAUACAAUAUUUCACAAAAUAUUUUGUGUUAAAUAUUGUGAACCAAUAACUAAGAAGCACUGCCCUGUAUAUUUUAAUAAAAUAAUCUCUGUA